AUGCAGCUCAGCCCACUGCAAUCGCGACUGGCGGCCUCGCUGAUUGCGUCGCUGCUGCUACUACUCAUCUACUAUUUGCUUUCCACUCCCACUUUUGCGCUUGCCGCAGAAUUGAGCGAAGGAUUCGACCCCAUUCUGGACACCAUCGAAGCCGACGAUGCGCUCGAAAGACGAAGCCAAUUAGAACCUGCCUACGAGCCGGAAUUCGCCGCUUUUGACCGCAGCAUCAUUGGAAGGGCGCCCGCUGGAGUGACCGCACUGGUGAACAAUGUCAAGAUCAACCGCAACGUUCAGGCAAACUCGACGCAAAGCUUCGUAUUCGAGGCUAUCUCCGUGUUCGCAAACUUUUUUGAUAACACGCCCGACGAUGCUUUUGUCGUAGAACCGCGCGAGAAGGGCAAUGGCUCCGGUGGCCCAGGAGAUGAUUUGGCUGGAACGGGUGACGCGCUUUUAGACGCAGAGGACAAUGUUGGACUACGUCGCCGACAGCAGGCUCAGGGCAGGAAGGUGUUCAUUUCUGCAACGACGUGCAUUCAACCUCGCCAUGGAGCCAAUAAUACCGGCUCGGAUCCCCCGCAGAUUACCAUGUACGUCUCUACGUCGAAGGACAAUCAGUCACCCGGCCCCGGGCAAAAUUCGUCCUUGCAAACAGUAGAGAUACUCGAAGAGGGCGCCGCGUUCUUGACGGUCAACGCGACAGGCGACGUCUUCGUUGGGAUUGCAGCUCCCGGGGUGGAUACGGAGAAGUUCACUGGGGACUGGAACUUUGACGUCGCAGCAUCGACGGACGGAUAUUUCCACGAAUUCGACGAGAACCCUUCCGAACUCCUGUGGGUUGACAGUGAUUCCAGUGCGGCUCUCUUGACCACUGCGAAUUUGACCGAUACCCACAAUGAUACCCUCAUCGAGGAGAUCAUGGCGCAGAGCCCGCCGUUCAUCAUGUUUGUCGAGAAUCGAGACAACCCCACCACCAAAGGUGUUCGGCGCUCCAUGUGUGGUUUGGAAAAUUACGCUCAAAUCGCUGCGAAGACGGGUGGCAAGUUUGGGAAUCUGGCCAGUACUGUGAUGACCACGAGAGGCGCGGGCAAUCUGCCGAAGCAGCAGUUCUUCUUCAACGGCCUCAACGCAAGUGCCUUUUACAACGGCAUCCUCGUUCACACCGGCAACUCGACAUCGAAGAAGCGACAAGAAGGCGGCAGUUCGGGCAGUGGUGGGCGAGUGUUCCAAGCGACACCGUUUGAAACCAAAGACGGCGAAAAUUGCAAGAUCAUCACUGACCUACAAUUCUGCAACGAGACGGAGUAUGCCGUCCCGGCAAACUCGAACAAGAUGAACAUCACUCAACUUGCGCAGUUUUAUGACAACUACGCCAAGGAAAUGUACGGCAAUUUCCAGAAACAGCUUGCGCAAGUUGCCUGUGAAGCACCGGACGUCCAGCGGUAUUCACUUGCUCGAAACUGUACGGAUUGCGAGAUCGCCUACAAGAAGUGGCUCUGUACUGUCACGAUCCCUCGUUGCGAGGAUUUCACUGCUGCAGAGGCCAACUUCUCACUGGUACGGAACGUAAACCAAUCUUUCCCGAAUGGCACCCUUCUUCCGAUCGACCAAUUGAGCAAAUACGAAAAGCGGGUUUUCCAGCACUCGAGGAACCCUCUCAUCGACGAGAUGGUGGCGCCGGGACCGUAUCGGGAGAUCCUCCCAUGCGACUAUCUCUGCUACGACUUGGUACAGAGCUGCCCUGCGUCUUUGGGCUUCAACUGCCCUGGGCCGGACGACGACAUCUUCAACUCCAGCUACGCUAUUCAAGGUGAUGGCUUAACAUGCAAUUACCCCGGCGCGGUCCACAAUCCCUCUGCUUCAGCAAUAGUAGCCGUGUCUUGGGGCCUGCUUGGAUUCCUCGUGCUAGGAACUCUAGGUACAGUCAUGCUGUGA